AGCCACUUUUAUUUCCUUGAUGCAUCCUAAUUUUUACCCGCCUUCUCCAAUGCAACAUUCAUUGAAUGAUUCCUUCGUAGUUUUUUAUGGUGAAGUGUAAUUCGAUAAUUAGAAUUGAUCCAUUAAUUUUGAUUUCUGAUCACUCUUCCCAUUGAUUUGAAAUUCGUUGAGAGUAUUUUUUUUUAGGAAACCGAAAAUUUCUUUCUUUUUGGGCAUUUUCAUCGUACUACUUAGUCUUUUAGAUACCCUAGGCAUAGAUUGAACAACGAAGACAUCAAUUAUACCGACAGAUGAGUACGCGACAACAAUCCGGUCGCGGUCGCGGCUCUGCUCCCCAAUCAGGACGAGCAGGCCAGCCGAUUAGCCAGGAAACUAUCGAGCCCUCUAGUCAAACGGGAGCAGAAGACCCGUAUCGCCAACUCGGAAACCUCUCCCCAGCUGCUGCGCAACGUAAUGUCGAGGCCGUCCGAGAACAAAAAGGCGGCAAAGGUGGGGUCGCGUCAACGACGUUUCUCAAGUCUGGGUCCGAUAAAAAGAAGAGUACCAUGAAAAGUGUGAGUGGGGAUCGCGACUCUUCGCCUUCUCCUGCUUCCGCGAGUGGCGGUUCUCGUUUUUAUUUCUUCACAGAAGGACAGCUGUGGAUCUUGAGGUUGUCCGCUUUCGCAGUGCUCAUGCUCUUGCACUUUGUGGCUCAGUAUACCUUGAUGCGAGAGUCGGAUGAGGCAAGGGUGGUUACAGCCGCACGCUCAGGCACCUCUACCAUGACGAAUAUUUUGAAAUCCAUUGCAGACCGAAAGGGCAUCCCUGAUGCUUAUGUGCAGUAUACGCACAUCGGUGGCGCCUGGAAGAUCGAGCAGGAGAGCAAUGUCAAUGCUGUUGUCAAAGACGCUGAGUCCCAUGGGGAACAAGAAGUGCUUCACAUGAGGUUUCCCUCGAAGCAAAUCGAACAAGGUUGUACUUUGCAUCCGUUGGGCAAGAAUACGCAUUUGGCGGCUCCGAAAGGUAAGCCUGGACUCGUGCUUCAGAAAAAACUUGCUCCUUCCGGAUCGAAUGCCGAAGUAACACUCUGGAGUCCGCCAUCAAUGGUUAGUACGAGGAAUAUCGGAACCCAAACUGCCGGGACUCAAACUGCGGAUAUGGGAACUCAAACCGGAGCUACGCAAACAGCAUCUAUUGGAACUCAAACCUCCUCCUCUUCCUUUGGUGAGACAUCCUCUUCCUUUGGUGCAACAAUUAUGAGCGUCGUUGUGGAUGCUAAUGGCGAAGUACUAGACUUUGAUGGAGAUGAACAUGAGCAUCGAGUUCUUGAGCAAGAGCUAGUACAACAUCAAGAUACUUUUCUUGAACAACAACCUGGCUCUUCAACUCAUCAUCCUGCACAACCGAAGGUAGAACAACCAUCCCUCGUGGCACCACCGAAGAUGACAGAACACCAGCAAGAACAUGUGGAAGUUGUGUCGCAUCGCACACCUUACAAUUUGAACCCGGCAAUUCGUGGUCGUACUUACAUCGCCUCUGUCCCGGUUGGCGCGGGACCGUUCACGGCUGAUCUCCUUGGAAAGCUGUUCUCCAGUAUGUUUUUCGCUCUGCUGUUAGUGGACUUUUUCUGCCGCAAGGACGCGGCUGAUGACACCACUUGGGAGUCUAUGGUCGCUUCUAGAGAAGAUAGCCUCCAAUCCUACCGAAAGGACGUCGCGCCUGCGGAAAAGCAGCAGUCACGCAAGACUGUUACGGACGAUCGAUUGCCAAGUAACUUGAGUUGGUACAGUUUGCUGUCGAAGUCGCCGUUUAUGCGCCACCAUGUGAGGAAUUCCGUUACUUCAUUUAGUCACCGGUUUUCCCACAUCACCCGGUUGACGAUCCUCGCUUGCGCGCACAUGCUGUUCUUCACUCAGCCAUUGCAGGACUACAAGAACAAUGGGGAGAUGAUUGACGUCACAGCGUUCUGGAACGCGAGGGAUUACUGGGUAGGAUGGGGAGGGAUUGCGUUGAACUUGCUGAUGGUGUCGGUCAUGUGCUGGUCAGGGAGAAUGCAAUUGUACUUGGUCGGGAGUCAGAUCGUUGUCGUCCGGCCUCUGUACCUUCUGUUGAUCUACGCUGUGAGCACGCGAUACGGUAUAGAACUUCAAGUUUUUUACUAACUUGAUGAUGGAGAUCGAGUAUAGGACUUAAACUUGUUCAUCUCAACAUCCUUGGUUUUAGUUCUGGUUUAUGCCUUCUCGUCGAGGAUCAGAUGAUCAAGAAGCAUAAUUUCCUCUCCUCCUAGAUCUUUUUCCAUAUUCUUCUGACAUCAUAGUUUGAACAAACCUCAACUCGACUACACUGAAAAAUCACCUACAGAUUUGGAAGCUGCCGUUCUAGCUGGCAAGGGCCGAGACGACGUACUCCAGAUGCAGACGGACAGACGGGCUCUCCUCUGGGCCGUUUAUUACGGUCUACCAGUCCUGAUGGGAUGCGUCAAUGCGUUCAUCUUUCGAGUGUCGUGGAUGCGCAUUCCUGCGGCACCAAGAAUUGUUGACGCCAAAGAUGGUGGUUCUCCGGAAACGUUUUCCUUGUAUUCUGCGUCUCAACAGGGUGGUGGAGGUUCUUCAGCUGCUGCAUCGGGCUCCAAUAUGGGUUCGGGCUAUUCAGGCGGCAGGCCGACGUUUAUCAUGCGUCCAGGCAGUGCGGAUGGCGUUCCUUCUCCGAUGACGAGUCAAACACCGUACUUGCGGGAAACGCAGACUACAAAUGGGUCCCCAAGUGUGGGACCAGCAACAGCACCCUCCACCAUGACACGUGCCAGCUCUGGUCUCAGACGAGGACUGCUCUUCAUUCUUCCCGGUUUGUUACUCAAUUUGACUGUGAGUCUGGUUUUGACUUUGCUUGGAUCGAAUAAGAGCAACUACUUCGCAACUGUUUACGGCAAGGCGACCUACUUGAAUCCGAAUCCAGCAGUUUAUUUGGUGGAUAACGCGUGGGAUGGAGGAUCGACGGGAGCAAGAGCACGAAUCUUUGCUGAGGAUGUUCCAAACUAUGGAGAUGUUUUCGAUGGGAAUUUUGCGCAGGUACACGACUCAACUACAGAAUUCGCUUAAAAGAACGAGAGCCUAGUUCAUUCUUCCUAAUUCUUGUUCAUCUUGUUGUUGUUAGUGAGUAGAAUCUUUUUCCUUUUCAUGAGAUCAUAAAUGGCCAUCAAGAGUAAGAAUAAGUGUAAUUUUAUAGCGGGCAAGGUCUUACAGCUACACCGGAAUGAAGCCGCGCAUAGAUAUGAUAGUCUCUUUACGACCACGACCACCCUCCAUACUCUUUAUCCCACUGGCAACCAGGUUUCGCCCAAAUACGUGUCCGUUACUGCUUGGUGGCAGCGCAUGGGUGCUGCCCAGACUAAAGUCGACCAAUUCGAGGCUUUCCUUUACCUGUCUCAAGGCUUCAUGUUGGAGAUUUUGCUCUUUCUGGUGAUUAUCAUUUCCCAUCUCCUGGGUGCUGAGUACAUGUGUUGGGUCAUGAACGGGGCAAAUGCGCUGAAACAAGGACCGGAGCGACGAACUGGAGCUCCUGGAGGAGAGUACGGGGAUGAAGCUGAAGACUUGUUAUCGGAAAUGCCACUUUUGUCGCAAGCGCCGGAAGGUACUCACUUAUAUAAUGCUGGAAUUUUCAGAAAAUCUUCGGUCGUGCUGAAUAAUUAUAUGGAACAGAGUCGUACGGGUACAACAAGUUGUUUUCAUCUUAGUGUUACAUCCAGUACUACACAGUUUCUUUGAAAAAUAAUUUGACAAGAAUUUUCCCAUGAUUUCCUUUCCCCACCGGUUAAUACAGGGACACGCGCUGAGGGUUCCGCCUGGCGUGGUCAAGCAUCCGGUCGCAUCCAAAUCGGCGACGACGAUGGGUCCAAUAGCCAAUACAACGCUCUUCUCGAACCAGAAGAAAGCUUUAGAGAGACGCAUGCUUUCGAAGCGCAAACUUUGGCAGGCACCAGCAUGAAACCUGGCGCUCUGUUGUUUUCUUUUGCGGGUAAUGCGGACGCGGCCUCUAGUUUGGAUGCGUCGACUUUGGGAGCAAGCAGAGACUCAGAAGUAAACAAACCAGCAGGGCUGGCGACUAACGAGUAUGGAGAUUCGACUCAUCAAGAAAUACGAAAUCUCCCAUCUUACUUCAAAAAUGGAAGGUUGAUGGAUAGCACGGCGAGCGAAGGGUGCCUACUUUCUUCUAUUCAUUGUGAUUGAUGGAGGUCAAGUUCAGUUCUACGUUAGCAUGAUUCGUUGUAAUUCUUGUUCUUCUUGCACCCUUCGUCUUCCUUCUCUAUUCUCCUUCUCGCAACCUCUACAGCCCCCUUCCCGCUGCUAUUGGAAGUGACAAUUUCGCUGGUCUGGCUGGUCGAGAUCGUGGCAGCGUUGUCCCAGAAGGCAUGGGCAACCAGAUCAUGGAGGAUGAUCCAGCAGCUAGUGCUUGGAACCAUAGUCUGUUCUUUUACAUGGCGUUGUUAGGAGGUUCGCAGAUUCGAGUGUUAGUGUCCUUCGGAUUGUUUGCGCCGUUUAUGUUCAAGACCGUCAAUUUCGACCUGGACCUGUGCGAUUACAUUGCGGGAUUCUCGAAUAUGAUUGUACUACACCUUCUUGAUGCUAAUGCUUUUGCUCUUAUAAUAUCAUAAUUCAAAUACAAAUUGUUUGAACUUUUUUUCAUCUCGUAGUAGUCGAACGAUCAUUGUGAUGCAAGUGCCACUAUAUUAGCUCACUAUAUAAUCUGUGUCCAUUGUUUUCAGAACCUUGUCUGCAACUCCAAAAAAAUCACAAAACAGCUCGUUUUUCUGGUUCUGGAACUCGCUAUUGCGGCUUCGUUUUUCAUGACUUCAAAGACUUUGCACGCCAUGCGCACGAACGCUCGCUUGUUUGAGUUGCCCUCUGCGUACUACAAGGUGACGAUUGCAGUUUUUUUCAUUCUGAUCGCCAUCUACGGAACCAUGGGAUUCGUCAGCCUCACCUAUCCUAUAGCGGGAGUGUCACAACGGCAUGCUGGAACCAACACGGAGCCUGCUCCUGUGAUGACGAGUACUGGAACUGGUACUAGUUCCGGUACUGCAGCAGCGUCAACAUCGACUAGUGCAUUUGUGGAGCUUCAGAAGUACUCAUCCUCUUCCUCCACUUCUUCUCGAACGUCCAACACUAUGAAGAAGUCAAUUGGUCAACAUGAAAUGGAGGUUCCUGUUGCGAGAGAAGAUGUUGUUGACUCUCAAGAAGACUGGUGGUCGGUUCGAGAUCUUCAAGCGCAAGUAGAAGAGGCGCCAUCUACUAGUACCUUGCUUCAGACGUCAAAAACGAAGAUGGCUCGUCACCAGCAGCAGAAGAAACAUCUUCAAUUGCAACUUGUAUCUCAGAAACAGAAUGCCAUUCGUCUCGUGCGUCCAAGUUCUCCUACUACAAAAGGAGCUCUUGCUGCAAGCAACAAGGCCGGCGUUCAACACCGCACCACAGCCGAAGCGGUCAAACACGCACUGAAAAACUACUAUGGACCGGCUAUGAUCGAUAUGGGUAUUGGUUUUCGAUGGGCAUUUAUGACGGCUGGUGGGGAGAUCCUCUUUUCUCCUGCUCAAGUUUUGCUGUGGCUGUUCGGGAUUGCAGGACCAGCGAUCCUGCUUUUUGCCUAUUUCUGGUACAUGACCAUUGGAGCAGUGGUGUCUAGGGAGUACAAGGAUCACAGCUACACAGGCUUCAGAUGCGGACCGUGCUGCACCUCUCGGGAAAAGAAGGGCUGCUUUCACUCUAGGACUCUGAGGUGCGGCAGAGGCGACACUGCUGAAAGCAGUGAAGAGGAGUAGGGGAACUACUAGUCGCAUGGUCAGAAGGUAGAUCAAGCUGCGGUGGAGAUGAGCGACAACUCGUUGUACCUUACGGAGAUGAUCAUGGAGAAUACGGACGAGCAUGGGGCGAUAGAAAAUUAGAUUUUAGAGAUUUUCUUUUCUAAGAAAGUGCUACAGUUACAACCACUUAGGAAUAGAAAGAAUCCAAGAAGUAGCUAAUACGAGGAACAAUUUGGAAGUCGAUUGGAAAAUGAAAAGCAUUACGGUUUAAGAUUGUAACUAAAUGGUAAAAUGAUUCCUUCUAACAUAAAAAAAUGACAUUCAUUCAACAGAAAAGAAAACAACACUUGAACUAUUCGCAAAAUAGGACGUUGAACUUGGAAUGUAAAACACAGCAAUACUAGAUAGUAGAUAUUAUCUGAAAUUACACAGGACCACCAACAGGUCACCCACAUGAAUAAGAAGUACUAUUGAACAUUUUAGAAAUAUAACAAACAUGAAGAGACCAACCGCGCUGGAAAUUGGAUUAGUACCGGAAGUUGG